UGUUACAAAUAAAACUUAUUCAACUUUGAUAUAAUAUAUAUAUAUAUAUAUAUAAAUAUAAAAAAGCUUCAAAAUGUCAACGUCCUCAAGAUCAAGCCUGUCCUCGUUAUUUAUCUUGGAGGACCACCAACGACGCAUUAGCAACAUCGGAUGUUUGAUGCAUUUAAUUAAAGGAAGUAUCGGGCCCGGUCUUCUGAUGCUACCUUGGGGCGUGAGGCAUGCAGGCAUAAUUGCUGGACCAAUUUAUAUGGUUUUGAUAGCCCUCAUAAACAUGCACUGUAUGCAGAUAUUGGUUAAAAGUUCAAGAUACCUAUGCAAUUAUCAGCCCUGGACUACGGUGACCUUGGAUAUUAUAGUGUAUUAUAUGGUCCCAUUCAAAGAUUACAACCCAUGCAUCAAAAGCAGAAUUUUUGUCAACGCUUGUCUUGUUCUGACUCAAUUCGGAAUUUGUUGCGUCUUUGUCUUAUUUGUUGGUCAAAAUAUACGACAGGUUUUCGCCGUUUACUGGGAGAAUAUACCAGGAAAUCGAGUUUUUAUGGCAUUGCUCAUCAUUCCGGUUAUCUUGCUCACAUUUAUUGAAAAUCUUCUGUGCUUGCUUGGUUUUCAACAGCUGCGAAUGCCGCAAUUCAUUUCCGUUGGGAUGAUAUUGAGAUAUUUAACACCGAAUUUGCCGCCCGUGACAUCAAGGCCUUUUAUAGCAGAAAUAACUGAUUUUCCUUUGUUCGUUGGUGGCGUCAUAUAUGCCUUUGAAGGCAUAGGAGUGAUUCUACCUCUGGAAAAUGCAAUGAGAACGCCAGAAUACUUUCCCAAAAUUAUCUAUAUCGGGAUGACAAUGAUAUCUAUACUGUACAUUGUGUUUGGAUUUAUUGGAUACUUGAAGUUUGGCUCGAAAGCUUGUGGAAGUAUUACACUGAAUCUCCCGAUUACUCCAUUCUAUGAAACCGCUCGCGUCUUAUAUUCGUUUGCUCUUUUCGUCACCUAUCCUCUACAAUUUUAUGUUAUAAUGGAAAUCAUAAGGGCAUCUAUUGAUCCAGAUUCAAAACUUAAAACUAAGUAUUUGCAAUGGACAAUCAAAGCAUUAAUUGCAACAUUUUCCUGUGUAUGUGCAAUUGCUGUUCCAAGCCUCGGAAAUUACAUUUCGCUCGUAGGAACAACUGUCACAACUACGUUGGCUAUAAUUCUUCCCGCAGUGAUUGAAACCUUGACUUUUCAUGAAAAAGCUGGAACCACAUAUCAACCAAUAGGAGACGUGACAGCUGGUAACGCGUCCAGCAGUGAUGAAGAAAAUGAAAGAAAUGAAAAAAACGAAGAAGCCCUGCAUACGAAAAGUUGCGGCCAUUGGAAUUAUGCAAAAACGCAUUCAUCAUAACAUUUGGAACUAUAGCGGUGUUCUGUUGGUUCAGCUGCUGUAUUGAAAAGCAUCAUAUUGACUAUGAAGCAUUAUAAUCCAGAACCACGUUUGCAGUGGCGGUGUGGCAGCAUUGAAAAAUACGACGUAUUUCAACUCAACUAUACGGCUUGGUGUGGAUGUCUAAUUAGCAAUCAGUAGUUUAUUUUUCAUCAUGCUGAAAACACGCACUGAAUUUAGGAAUCGCAAUAAAUUAUGAAAAUAAUAGCAUGUCACGGCGAGAGGAGACGCGGAAGCUAUAUUUAAGUAUCAGUGAUAUAAUAAUAAAAUGACUCGACGUAA